AGAUACCGGAAAACGAGUUGUGAGGGGAGAGAGAGAGAGAGAGAGAGAGAGAGAGCACCCAGGGAGGGGGCGCGUAUAAAAGGCGGAGAGGGAGAAGAGACCAUGGCACUCGGCGUCUUGGGCCCUUCCUCCUCUUCCUCCUCCUUCUCCCCCUACCUCUUCCUCCCAUUUCGCCGCCCCUCGCCCUCUCUCAGCCCCUCCCACCUCCUCUUCCCCCUCGAGGGCUCCUCCCCCGCACGAUCCUCCUCCAGAUCCUCCCCGUUAAUGGCGGCCGAGGUGUCCUCUCCUUCGUCGAGAUCUAUCCCUAGCUCGGUUCCUUCCUUGCUCGUGUUCUCAGGUGGAACUGCAUUUAACGGUGUUGUUGAAGAGUUAAAGAAAGUUACAACUCGAGUUGCUCAUGUGCUUCCUGUGUCUGAUGAUGGUGGAAGCACAGCUGAGAUUGUUCGAGUGCUCGGCGGACCAGCUGUUGGAGACAUACGAUCAAGAUGCUUGAGAUUGUCUGAUGAAAGCACUUCCGAAGCUCUAGCUGUUCGGACAUUGCUUGGGCAUCGCUUACCUCUUGAUUCAUCUGAAGCCAAAUUGGAGUGGUACAAAAUUGUCGAAGGGGAGCACUCUUUGUGGGAUGGUGUUUCACGACCUUACAGGGAGACAAUACGUGCAUUUUUGGCUUAUUUUCAAAACCAGAUUCUCCGGCGGUCGGAUGAAUCGUUUUGCUUCAGCAAUGGCAGCAUUGGAAACUUCUUCUUUGCUGGGGCCCGUAUAUUCUUUCAGUCCUUGGAUGCUGCUAUAUUUUUGUUUUCUCGUGUUUCAGAAAUCCCCAGGGAAAGUCUUGUACUUCCUGUAAUCUCCACCAAUGACAGGCUUACUCUCGGAUGUGAAUUAUGGGACGGGACAAUAAUACGCGGUCAAAAUGAAAUUUCACACCCAACAAAUGGACGUACUGAGCCAAUAAAUAAGGAUUCUGCUUCAUGUUCGGCGCUGCCUUCACGAAUUAGACGUGUUUUUUACAUGUCCAGUGAGGGUAGCAACUUACUGCAUGAGGUUUUUCCUGAAGCAAACCCUACAGUUCUGGAGCAGCUAAGUAAAGUGGACUGCAUUGUCUAUGCCAUGGGUUCACUUUAUACUUCCAUUUGUCCAUCACUGGUGUUGCAUGGCAUUGGCGAGAGUAUUGCCUCAAGAGCUAUCCCGAAGGUGCUUCUACUGAAUGGUUCACAUGACAGAGAAACUGCUGGUUUAUCUGCUUCCGGCUUUGUAACUGCAAUAACAGAUGCUCUAAAUAGAACUUAUGGAGAUCCUGUCAAAAGCUUAAAGAAUCCUCCUAGUGACUACAUCAAUGCCCUAUUGGUUCCUAGAGAUGGUCGGGUCCCUGUAGAUAUUGAAUGUUUGGCUGCUCAAGGAAUCUUUCGUGCGGUUAAUGUAGACUCACUGCGCGACCCAAAAGUGGGGAUUAUAUUUGACCCCAAGUCUUUGAUUAAUGUUCUCACCAAUUUGGUAUGCGAGCAGAGACUCUUGUAAGACUUUCUAAAGUUUCAGAAUAUGUAAUCGGAAAACAAGUAUUUAUUGUUAUUACGUAUGUUUUUUAUUUUUAAAAUUUUAUUUCUGUAAUCUUGGUUCCUAAGAUGCGCGGCAAUUUACUCUCUUAAACUUAACUACACCUACACAGUAUCUUUUUCGUUUGUGUAUACAGCAUCAUCAAUCUUGUAUAACACCAUUAAUCUUUGUAUAUUUUGCUUUACAAACUAGAAAAGGACAUAUGCACGGGCGAUUUGUAA